CACUAGCUAUAGAUGCGGUGUGUACAAUCGAUUCGCAAAAGCUGUAGAAUCUAGCGAGAAAAAAAGACAAAAAAGUUCACUACCGACUCGGGAAUUAUUGAAACAAAAUGGUUCAAUAUAAAAUAACAUAUUUCGACAGUCGAGGUGGGGCUGAGUUAUGCCGGCUAGUUCUGAAAGCAGCUAAAGUUGACUUUGUUGAUGAACGACUGACUGGCGAAGAAUGGGCAAAACGUAAAGAAGGGAUGCCUCUGCAAGCAUUGCCCGUGCUUACUAUUGACGGUUCUCAAGUAAUUUGCCAGAGUGCUGCUAUUGCCAGAUAUCUAGCCAAGGAAAAUGGUUUGAUGGGGGCAAAUAAUUUAGAAGCUCUCCGAAUUGAUGAAGUGAUGGAAAUGUUCUCGGAAAUGGUCCAAAGGGAGUUGAUAAAAAUAUACAUGGUGAAGGAUAACGAGGAAGAAAGGAACAAACUCGUUAAAACAUUUGUUGAGGGACCUAUGAAAAAAUAUCUGACCUUCCUCGAGAUGCGACUAAAAGAAAACAAAGAUGGUAAAGGUUUUCUUGUUGGUGACAAGCUUUCACUUGGUGAUCUUGCAAUUUAUGAUGGUCUGUCAUUGCUCACUGCUUUGUUAGUUAAUGUGGACCCAUUCGAAGGCAGAUCAUUACUGAAAGAGCAUCAAUCCCGUGUCGGAAGUGUACCGGAAAUAGCUGAAUGGGUAUCCACAAGACCUAAGACAAAAUUUUGAAAACAGAUCUAUAUGCCUUGUCUCAUUGCUUAAGUAUAAAUUUAUACCAUAGUAUUUAUGUAAAAUAAUUCAUUUUUGUGCCUAAGAUAAUAAACAGGAACCCAUAAGAUUUAAGACAAAAUUUCGAAACAAUUUAAUUGCUAUACGUAUAUAUUUAAUACUAUGGUAUUUUUGUACUAAAAUGCAUUAUGCGCCUACUGUAGAAUUUCAUGAAAACGAGAAACAAGAUUAAAUUAGCUUAACAUAA